CUCCUCCAUGGCAUCCCUUCAAACAACUUGGAUAGAAUAUCAAGCUCUACUAGUUUCCUUUCCUCGAGAAGAUUUCUCCUCACAUGUACAACAAUGGUUACAUCAACAGUGGUCAAGUGAUCCACUUCUAGAACAAGCUAUUUCUUGGGCUCGUAGUAUUCCCCAUGUAUUUCCUAGUACUUGUUUGCAACAGUGGUCGAAAUAUGAUGACGAUGCUAGUGAAACAAAAGAUACUGGAAAAGCUUCUUGUAUUGGUCUUUUUCAAUUGACUCAUUGUGGUCAAUACAUUGCUUGUGUAAUAGAAACAGAUACCAUAGCUAUAUUAGACUUACAACAACAAGUGCAAAUACAAACUUUGCGUUCACACUUACAACAUAACAUUCGCAGUAUUGCUUUUCGACCAACUUGUCCUUGGCAAUUGGCAGUUGGUUGUUGGACGGGAAUAGCGUGGUGGAAAAGGAACCAAUUACACUGGUUGACUUGGAAACAACAUAAACAAGUGGAAUAUAUCAGUUGGAGUAAGGAUGGUUCCAUAUUGGCGUCGUGGAGUAGUCUCGACCGUUGUAUCUUAUUAUGGGAUGUAGCACUGUCACAAGCUUUGGUAUUGAUCAAAGAAACGACGCUUUCAGUUUGUGACAUUUCGUUUGGAGAUUUCUUUUUAUUUGUUGGAUAUUCUUCUUCACAAUACCAUUUUACAGUAUUUGAUACUUUAGAGUGGAAACCUCAACUAUGGAAAAAACAACAACGACUGGCUAGUCGAUGUAAAGUAGCUUGGAGCGAACAUUCAUCUUCCGUCUCUAUCAUAGCUUCCAGCAACAGAUUAUAUGCACUCGACAUAUUUGAACAACAACUACUUUGGACAGAAUGCAUAUCCAAUGUACCCGAUGAUGCACAUUUGUUGGAUAUCGUAUGGGAUCCCAGCGCGCAACGAUUGGCAGUCAUGUUAUGGAUACCUAAUCAAGAAUAUCGCACUAUUGUGGCACUUUAUUCAACACAAUGUGAACCCGUCUUUCGAAUGAAUUUUAUGGGUUGGAUAACGGGACCUGAAUCUUCUUCUGAGCAUGCUUUGUGUAUGUCUUUUCAACCAUCGAGUUGUUCAUUUGGUGCUUUAUUAGGUAAGUUGGAAAUUUUCAUUUCAUCCACUUCUCUGGACCAUAACAUAAUCAUAUAGCUAUUUCUUGGAGUCAAGGAACGA